AUGGACGAUAUGAACAAAUUCAGUGGCCCAAGCGGUUUCAAGGGCAAGAAGCAAAUCCUGCUCAAUGCAUUUGAUAUGUCAACAGUGGGACACUUGUCUCCUGGGCAAUGGAAAAAUCCCAAAGACAAAUCGGCCACGAAGCGCAAGCUUGAUUACUGGAUUGAACUGGCCAAGUUGCUAGAACGCGGUGGUAUUAAUGCCUUAUUCCUGGCAGACACGACGGGAGCGCAUGACACCUACCAGGGCAGUGCAGAUGAGUGCAUCCGGCGAGCUGCUCAAUGGCCGAUGACGGAUCCAACCAUUCCAAUCUCCGCGAUGGCUGCAGUGACAAAAAACCUUGCUUUCGGCAUAACAGCUUCAACGUCAUUUGAGCAGCCGUUCCUACUCGCCAAGCGAUUUUCAACCUUGGACCAUCUGACUAACGGCCGAAUAGGCUGGAAUGUUGUUACAUCAUAUAAAAAAUCCGCUUUCAAAGCCAUUGGUCUAGAUAGUCCGAUCUCACACGACGAGCGCUACCGCCAAGCUGACGAGUAUUUGAGAGUCCUCUAUAAGCUAUGGGAAGGUUCUUGGGCACCGGAUGCACUCUUACCAAACCCGGACACCGAUUCCUACAUCAACCCUGAGAAGAUACGCACGAUCCAUCACAGAGGGAAGUACUUCUCCUUGAAUACCAGACACAUCGUGGACCCUUCUCCUCAGCGUACACCGUUCCUCUUUCAAGCAGGUACCUCACCUGCAGGAGCGGACUUUGCCUCGACCCACGCAGAAGCUAUAUUUGUUUCCUCCCACUCACCCGAAAUUCUUCGGCCCAAGAUUGAGAACAUCCGUAAGCAAGCAGCAAAGCUCGGUCGCGAUCCACAAUCCAUCAAGUUCUUCGGUACUUUCACACCCAUCGUGGGGCGAACCGAUGAAGACGCACAAGAGAAAUACGAAGAGCUGAAGAAACACGCCUCAGUCAUCGGUGGAUUGGUUCUCUUUAGUGGCUGGACAGGCAUCGAUAUUUCCAAGAUUCCCUUGGAUCAAGAGAUCAAGCCAGCGGACUCACUGGAGGCUGGAAAAAUCACCAGUCUCCUCGACUCUUUACUCAAAACAAGCAAAGACGUUCCACGCUGGACACCUCGCAUCGUCGCAGAGAAAGCUGCUAUUGGUGGCCUUGGGCCAUUGGCCAUUGGCAGUCCGCAGACUGUAGCGGAUGAGAUGGAGCGUUGGGUUCGCGAAGCUGACCUAGAUGGGUUCAACAUUGGCUAUGUGACCACACCGGGCACAUUUGAAGAUCUUGUUGAUUUGUUAAUUCCGGAAUUGCGGACGCGUGGUCUUUACCCUGAGGCCCCGAGUGACUCCGAUGAGCCUCUGACGGCUCGCGAGAAGAUUUAUGGUAGAGGUCAGAGGGAGUUGCGUGAUGAUCACCCGGGGACUCGGUACAAAUAUGAUUUGUACCAGGAAGAUCCACCGUACGUUGAAGAACAAUAG